CACGCCGGCAGACAGGAAACCACGUGUUUCGCUCACAUAGGAAGGAACGGGUCCAAAGAAACAGUUAGCUUUCUCUGUUUCUGCGAUAUAAAAGUUCCCAUUUAUCUAUUUUGACGGUGUUUGGCGGGGCAUAGGUUUUUAAACACUACCUAACCAUGUCUUCAUUCAGGAAAGCGCUGAAGUCCAAACAGAGGAACCACCAUGAGAGAUCUCAGCUCGUUUCCAGGAAAACGUUGGGUUUGUUGGAGAAGAAGAAGGACUACAAACUCCGAGCAGAUGACUAUCACAAGAAACAAAACACCCUCGCUGCUCUGCGAAAAAAAGCUAUGGAGAAAAACCCGGAUGAGUUUUACUUCAACAUGAUCAGCUCCAAACUAGAGGAUGGAGUUCAUGUGAUGAAGAAAACAGAGGAAGAGGUGACAGAGGAGCAGAAGAAAGUGAUGAGGACGCAGGACAUCAAAUAUGUGGAGAUGAAACGUGUAGCAGAGGCCAAGAAAAUAGAGAGGCUGAAAGGAGAGCUUCACCUUCUGGAUGCAGAGAGCAAACAAAAGAACAAGCAUACUUUUUUUGUUGAUUCCAAAAAAGAAGUGCAAACGUUCGACCUGGCAGGCCAUCUUAACACCGCCCCAGAGCUGGUGGAUCGAGUGUACAAUAGACCAACUCUGCAAACACUGGAAACUAAGACUAUCAAAGGAACUAUGGAGCCAAAAAUCAUUCAGAAACUGGCCAGACAGAGAAAGCACCAGUAUAAAAUCCUUUCCCAGAGGAUUGACAGAGAGAGGAAAAUGUUUGUUAUCAGUCAGAAAAUUCAGACUCGUAAAGAUCUACAGGAUAAAAACAAGAAAGUCAAGGUGAGAAAGGAAACCCAGAAUUCUGCUGCUAUUUACAAGUUUGAGUCCAAGAGGAAACGUUAAUGACAAACUGUGGAUGACUGAUAAAAUACGUUUUGGGAUAUGAGGUCAAGAAAAUAACAAACCCAGCCACCAUCCCAGCAGAUAAAGAAUCUUUUCCAGCAAAUUGUUGCAUUUUUCCUCCUUUUUUUUCAUAUUUAUGUAAACAUUUUAGUUUCUAUUGAAUAAAAACAAUGAUGUCAUUCA